AUGUCGUAUCGAAGGGUGGACUCGUCCGAUCCGCGCCGCCCCGAGCUGGUCAGGCCGCUCACCGUGCCCAAGUCCUGGAAAGCCAACGAACUCGACGUUUACGCCUCCUUCCUUGCCUCUGUAAGCAUGAUGAGCGGCGCCGCCAUGCUCACACGCGCCCCCUACAUCGCCUACGCAGGCCUCGUCUUUGCUUGCGCCCAUAUCGCCCACGACAAGCCGUUCAAGUCGAGCAAGACAAGGGACGCUUCGACGGGCGGUCCGUGGAUGUCUCUCGCAUUCGCAUUCCUGGCUCUCAUCGCCCUCAUCAUUCCAAAGCUCUCGGUCGACGACCCACUCGGACUCACUCGCAGGCCGUCGUCCGCUUAA